AGACGGAGUUGAAACCAUUUGUAUAGAAAAAAGUUUUUUGAUUUUCUUUGUGCAUAGGGGGGAACAAAAGGUCUUAGCCUUUGAUAAUGCUGUGAGCCUUUUUUGGAUCUUUGAAGACGACUCGGUGCGGACGAGGCAUAAAGAGAUGGUAGGCGCCUUCAAAUGACGGCAAUUGAACCUUCUACCCAAAAAAACUCAGCCAAGCAUGUCAACCAACCAUUGGAACAUACCAGAAUCCAAUGAACAAUAAGAGGAAGAUAUAUUCAUGCUGAGCACAACCAGCUUUGUAAAGGAUCAUCAAUUGAAGGAGGCAAAAAGUAAAAUAAUCUUUUUUCUUGGCGGGAAGGAGCGAAUAUCAAUAGACAGGCUAGCGGCAACCCAAACGACAAUAUCUGAAACGUUGGAUAGCAACCCUUAUCCAGGCGAGGGGUAAAGACCUAAACAAAAGGCUUUGCUGUUCUAUCUCUAUUUUUUAUCGCUAUUGUUUUUUAUUUUCCCAAAACAAGCUGUGCCUUUAGAAAAGUAGGAGGGUUUCCUUUUUUAAUUACCAAGUCUCUCCUCAUUUUCUUCUCUUAAGCACGGUUUCCAUUUGUUUAUUUUCUUGCUCCUUCC